AUGAAUAAUAGUCAAGGUUCAUUUUCGACGAAUACAUUUCGAACAAAACGUAGUUAUAAUAAUAGACAAUGUGGACUUAUAUCUUGGAUCUUUAUGCCAGUACGCCGAGGAACUUUUUUAAGUUUCUACAAAUCCCAUAGCUUUCAUAAUGAUAUUUCUUUUAAAAAUAUACCUACAAAAUAUUUAAAUGAUCAAGAAAUUCAAGAACAAUUGCAAAAGAUUUAUCAAGAAGCUUCUGAUGAUCCUUCAGCAUCUAUAAAGCCUCGCCGAUUGACACAGUUUUGGCAUGAUUAUUGCAUUUGGUUAUCAAAAUGCAAAAACCUCGAAGAUUCACAAUCACAAC